GUUCCUUUGAUCUUGGUAAUAUGGGCACUUGGUGAGCUGCCUUUUGUUGCUUGGUGAAGUGUCUAAUAAAGUGCUGGAUUUAAGUAUGGUUGUAUAUAUUCUACACUUGCAUGGACUUAGAGGAGCACGACUACCGUGUUAUAAAACUCAUGCACGUAGCAGCUACAUAACAAACAAGUUGCCAGGACUAACAAUCAGAAGAGUACCCCCACCGACUGCACCCCAGCCCAUGAAACCGUACUCGAGUUACAAGGCUCCAAGGUUACUCAGGCCAGGUCGGGUCGAUUGAUUAUCCUUCUAGCAUCAUCAACGCCAACCACGAGACAGAGAGUAUUGAGACUGAACCCACACAAAACAGUUCGUGGCGAUCAACUCUAUCUACGAGCCUGUCUCUCACCAUUUUUCGUCGCUAAUUCACAAAUAUUAUCAGCUCAAUUACGGCAACGUGGUUUGUCUUGCUUUGCUUCUCACAACAGCCUCAGGAUCACUACUCCUACCCUGGAUCUUCCCGUUCCGGCCGCUGUCGUUCUCGCUCUGGAAGCGGGGAGUCCGUGUCUUGGCCUUAGCCUCUCAGUCUUGGGUCUUUUGGGCCGCCCGUGCACAGCCUCAACCUCCCCCCAUUGCCCCAAACCAAGCGUCGUCAACUUUCUUCAGUGAACCCUUCAACCUCCACUGAUCACGUUCCGCGAGCGCCUUCCACGACAAGGCUUUAUUGCAUUUGUCUGGCUCCGAACCUAUUUCUACUUUUCACCUCAGAAGUAUCGAUUAUUAUCAUUGUCGUCGCUGUGACUUAGUCCCUCGCUGCGCAGCGCAAGAGGUGACACCAUGACCAGUCGCACCGAUUCUAACAGGCCCAACCUUCGGGUUACCAUUAUCGCCGCCGAUGGCCUAUACAAGAGGGAUGUUUUCCGCUUUCCUGACCCUUUCGCUGUUGCGACCAUCAACGGGGAGCAAACCAAAACGACGACUGUCAGCAAAAGAACUCUAAACCCAUACUGGAACGAGAGCUUUGACUUUCGCACCAAUGAAGAUGGCAUUCUUGCAGUUCAAGUUUUCGACCAAAAGAAGUUUAAGAAGAAGGACCAGGGUUUCCUAGGCGUCAUAAACAUUCGCGUUGGAGAUGUCAUCCCUGAGCUCAGCCCAGAUGCCGAUGACCAGAUGCUUACACGAGACCUCAAAAAAUCAACCGAUAACCUCGUCGUCCACGGCAAACUUAUUAUUAACCUGUCCUGCAAUCUCAGUGCACCAGCCCGCGGUGGCCAGGCAUCGACCGCACGACCAUCUCUCGGCACCGGCCCGUCGAAUGCUUCGAACCUCUCCGCCCCUCCACCGGAAAACCGACCAGGAUCUUCACUGUCUGGACCAAAUGGCGCGGGUGGCUCACAAGUCAACCUGGCCCAUCGUCCAUCCAGCAUCAACUCUGUUGGUGGCGCCAGCGCUCCAGGACCGAAUGCUUCCGGACAAACUCGACAAAGCAAUCAACUCAGCCCAUUCGAAGAUGCCCAGGGGCGACUACCCGCUGGCUGGGAGCGCCGAGAAGACAAUCUCGGCCGUACUUACUACGUCGAUCACAACACCCGCACAACGAGCUGGAAUCGACCCACUGCUUCUGGCGCCCAAGAACAACGAAACGACCGAGAAGCAGCUACCCAGGUUGAGCGUCAGAGACAUCAGAACCGCACUCUGCCCGAAGAACGAACCGGCUCCAAUUCACCGACGCUGCACGCCCAGCAGCCCCAGCCAUCAGCAUCACCAGCUACUAAUGGUGGCGCAGUGAUGCAUACUGGAGCGACGAGCCCUGGUACGGGAGAACUCCCGCCUGGCUGGGAGCAACGGUGGACCCCAGAAGGUCGACCAUACUUUGUUGAUCACAAUACAAGAACAACGACCUGGGUAGAUCCACGUCGCCAACAAUACAUCCGCAUGUAUGGCGGUCAGAAUAAUGCCAACGGCCAGAUUCAGCAGCAACCCGUAUCACAACUUGGUCCUCUGCCUAGUGGCUGGGAGAUGCGCUUGACAAACACUGCUCGGGUGUACUUUGUUGAUCAUAACACCAAGACUACGACUUGGGACGAUCCUCGACUCCCAUCGUCUCUUGACCAGAAUGUUCCUCAGUACAAGCGAGACUUCAGACGGAAGCUCAUCUACUUCCGCUCACAGCCAGCCAUGCGAAUUCUCAGUGGACAGUGCCAUAUCAAGGUGCGACGAUCUCACAUCUUCGAGGACUCCUUUGCCGAGAUCACACGCCAGUCCGCAACGGAUUUGAAGAAACGACUUAUGAUCAAGUUCGAUGGCGAGGAUGGUUUGGACUACGGUGGUCUCUCUCGAGAAUUCUUUUUCCUUCUCUCUCACGAAAUGUUCAACCCCUUCUAUUGCCUAUUCGAAUACUCCGCCCACGAUAAUUACACCCUGCAGAUUAACCCACAUUCCGGUAUCAACCCAGAGCAUCUCAACUAUUUCAAGUUCAUUGGCCGUGUUGUCGGCUUGGCCAUCUUCCACAGGCGAUUUUUGGACGCCUUCUUUAUUGGCGCUUUGUACAAGAUGAUGCUUGGCAAAGCGGUGGCUUUGGCUGAUAUGGAGGGUGUGGAUGCCGAUUUCCACCGAUCAUUGCAGUGGAUGCUGGAUAACGACAUAUCAGGCGGGAUUCUUGAGCAGACUUUCUCGACCGAAGACGAGAGAUUCGGAGUGAUGACUACUGAGGAUCUCAUCCCUGAUGGUCGCAAUAUUGAUGUCACCAAUGAGAACAAGAAGGAAUAUGUUGAUCUCAUGGUAAAGUGGCGCAUCGAGAAACGUAUCGCCGAGCAGUUCCAGGCUUUCAAGGAAGGAUUCCAAGAGCUUAUCCCUCAGGAUCUUAUUAAUGUCUUUGAUGAGCGCGAGCUGGAGCUUUUGAUUGGAGGUAUUGCCGAAAUUGAUGUCGACGACUGGAAGAAGCACACCGAUUAUCGAGGAUAUACCGAAUCCGAUGAGGUCGUGCAGAACUUCUGGGCAACAGUACGCUCGUGGGAUGGCGAGCAGAAGUCCCGUUUACUACAAUUUACUACAGGUACUUCUCGAAUCCCAGUCAAUGGUUUCAAGGAUCUCCAAGGUAGCGACGGCCCACGACGAUUUACAAUUGAGAAGGCGGGAGAAAUCACAAAUCUGCCAAAGGCGCACACAUGUUUCAAUCGACUCGACUUGCCUCCUUAUAAGAGUCUAGAAAUGCUUCAGCAAAAGCUUACCAUCGCGGUUGAGGAAACUAUGGGUUUUGGCCAAGAGUAGACGAUAACGACAUUACUUUCAGCAGGGACACUGAACUGGAAAGGGUUAAACUGCACUCAGUUGUAUUGCUGUGUAGUUUCCGCGAGACAGCGACUUCUUUGUCUGCCCCCAUAGGGAACCCCCUCGCUAACAUGCACGAACUUUUGGGUAUUUGCUUCAGUCCCAAGAGUGGACAGACCUGGGUCGUUUGGCGCUGGUGGGAUUAAUUUGCCUUCAACAUGCGAUGCAACACUUGCUUCUCCCUGACAGCCCAGUAAAUAGACGAUUUAACAGAACUCGAGUGUUGCUGUUUUCACAGACGCACCUUGUGAUCUGUUUCGUAAGGAAGCUUUGGCAGGCAUUGUGGAAUUACCGGGCAUACGCCGGGAUAGACGAGUUCUUGGAUGUGAUGAUGCUUGACAGACGAAGAAAAAAAGAGAAACUGUACUUAGCUAUGUAUUACGUGUGACGUCGGUAGUGGCACCGAAGCCAGCAUGGAUGGGCUGGAAGUUUAAGAAGAAGGAUAAGGUUAUAGCGCUUCAUUUCAACUACUUAUCAUAUAUAUCACUUUCACUACCUACCUUAUUUUCUGAACGUAUUUGCCUUAGCUGUCUUAUGACUAAUCUCAAACACCUUUGCAUAUCGGGCAGAGCCUAUGCCAG